AUGUUUAAACUUGGAGGAAUCAGCGCAGAGCCAAAGGAUGGUGAUGAAACAGUUCAGCAGAUCUGUGAUGCAGUGAAGCAUCUUGUAGAAGAAAAUGCAGGGACGACAUAUGACGUUUUUACUGCCAAGAGCUACAAGACGCAGCGUGUGUCUGGGACUAACUUCUUCAUCAAGGUCCAUGUGGGUGGAGAAGAUCAUAUUCACCUCCGUGUUUGGCAAAAACUCCCAUGUUAUGGAAAAGAGCUUGUGCUGAAGAAUGUGCAGUACUCCAAGAGCUACAACGACUCUAUUGAGUACUUCUGAUUAUGAAGGCAUCACAGAUUAAACAAAGCACCGGUGCCAAA